AUUCUAGAGAGUUUCCAAUUCUGAGUAACAAUAAUCUUUGAGACACUUCAAGACACCGCUUGAAUAUGUCCGCCGAAGUGGAGGAGAUGCUGAAACGAUUCCAGAACGUUAAGAACGUCGUGGGCAUCCUUGUUGUGGAUAAUGAUGGCAUAGUCAUCAAAUCAACGUUGGACAACCAAACAGCAGUUCAUUACGCUGGCAUCAUGCGUACGCUUACGGAGAAAGCGCGUCAGGUGAUCCUAGAUUUGGAUGCCACCAACGAAUUUACAUCCAUGCGCAUGCGCACAAGCUAUUUCGAGAUAAUACUCAUGCCGCAAGAUAAUUACAUCAUUGUCGUUAUACAGAACCCAUGUGAUUAAGGGGAGCAGCCAUUUAUUUAAAAUCGUAUUUUAUUGUUCUGUCCAAAUGAUGUCUUAGAAGAAUAAAUGUGAACGUUGUGAUGUGCAAUAAUAUA